UCAAAUCUACAAAACAUCUAAAGAUUAGAUGAGGGAGCGAAAUCUGUUAAUAAAUCUUAAUUUAUUUCAACACAAUCCACUAAUAUGGCUUCUACUUCUAAAGGCGAAGUUCCGGAAUCAAACAAUAUCCAGCCAAACACUCCGGAUGACUUGGGGCCGGGGGCGUGCCCUGAAAGCGUUUUGAAUCCUACGGAUUCCUUCGAAGAAUUUGCAUCGGAGAUGAGUUCUAGUCUCUUGGAGAGGAACAAUUCCUUAUCUGCGAAAGGCAGUACUAUUAGUGAAAUCCAAAGUGAAAUCGGUGAAAGUUCUAAGGACAGUCAACUGAAAAAUACUAAAUCAAAUGAUGAUAUGCAGAACAAAAAUGAAUCCAUGUCAGCAUCAGCUAGCUCCUCGAAUCUGAUAGAUGAACAAAAUGGUGAUGACUCAGAUGAUGGCCGUGAUGAAUAUUUACAAUCACCAGAACUGGUGAACAAGGAGAAACAUGUGUUUGUACUGAGCACUGCUGGAAAACCUAUUUAUUCAAGAUACGGCAAUGAAGAUAAACUGGCGGGUCUAUGUGGGGUCAUACAAGCGCUAGUGAGCGUGGUAGAAGAACAAAACCAAGACAUGUUGAGGUCUAUGACCACUAAGGACUGUAAAGCGGUGUUCCUGGUCAAAGGCCCAUUGAUACUCGUGGCUGUUUCGAAGUCUAACGAGAGUGAAACCCAACUAGUUCUGCAGUUGACCUACGCCUUCAACCAGAUAGUGUCAGUGUUGACCUUAACUCAACUGAACAGGAUUUUUGAACAGCGCCGUAACUAUGAUCUGAGAAGACUGCUGUCUGGCGCGGAGAGGCUGAUAGACAAUCUGUUCAUUUUUAUGGAAAAGGACCCUGCUUUCUUGUUAGGUGCCGUCAGAUGUCUACCGCUCCCAGAAAAAGCUAGAGAGAACAUAACAAACGCAAUAAUUUCAACUUGCAACAAAAUAAGGGAUUUGGUAUUCGCUAUACUAAUAGCUGGUAACCAACUCAUAACGUUGGUCAGGAUGAAGAAAUAUACUCUACACCCGUCCGACAUACAUUUACUGUUCAACUUGGUAAGAAGUACGGAGAGUUUCAAAACGGCCGAAAGUUGGACACCGAUUUGCUUGCCCAAAUUCGAUGCUACGGGCUUCCUCCACGGUCACGUGUCCUACAUAGCAGAGGAUUGCCAAGCUUGCCUACUGCUCCUAACAGUACAAAGAGACGCUUUCUUCCCCCUGUCUCAAGCCAAACAUACUAUCGCCGAAAAACUACGCCGUUCCAACUGCCUAGUCGCUAUCAACGACGCUUUGAACAGAAACGAAGAACUACCCACAACUAACCCUUUAAAAAACAUAGGAAUACCCGAAAUAAGACAUUUCAUGUACAAGUCUAAAUCUACAGCGCAACUCUUCACUUCGGAUCCGAUAAGUUUAGACCGAUUACAGGAUUACAGGAUACGGCAUAAGGAUUACGGCGAUAUUGUAGUGAAAAGGCCGGAGAAACUGUCCGAUAUAGAUUAUGUAGUUAAUUAUAGAACUUUUUGUAGCCAAAUGCAUUGUACUUCGACGCCAGCGAAGCUGAUCUUUAGGUCUAACGCUGAUGAGACAGUUUUGGCGUGGGUGACGAACGGCUUCGAACUUUACGUGACCUUUGACGCUCUAAUGGAAAAGGACCAAGCCAUCCGAGCGGUAGACAGAAUAAUACAAUGGAUCAGGAAAGAGGAACACAGAAUUUUCAUAAUGAACGCUCCGACCUUCUAGCUAAAGUUUUCCGUGCUACACGGCAUAAUAAAAUCGUCCAUACAACGCGACGAUCAACUCUGAUUGGUAGAACAAAUUAGAACCUUCUGGAAAGGUUCAAAUUAGUUUCGAUUUUAAAAUGAGGUAACCUUGUGUUUGGAAUAAGGUUUAUAUUUUGAACUGUAAUUGCGAUGGUGUGAUUGGAUAAUAGAAUAAAAUUUCAAAUUCGUAAUUAUGUCCAAAUAUGGAGGCAUGGUAGAACUUGCGCGAAAAUGGCCUUUAUAUUCGAACAAAAUUAAACGAAUAUUUUUUAAUGUGAUACAAUUCAAAUCUUAGAUCGGUUAUCACCAAAUGUAUGAACGUAUAACGUACGUAAGCAUUUAAAAGCAUUGAUGAGCGACUGUGAGUGUAUGUUUAAGAAUAAUAAAUUUUGAGCCAAAUUUGCUACAGAUAAUUAUAGAAAAGUUUAUCGAUCUAAGUCCAAAAAACUGGUUCCUACUACAAAAAUUACUUGUUGCAAUGGCUACAUUUUGUUAAUAGGUUCUAGAAUGAUUUAGGUAGCUAUAGCUAGAUCAAUUUUCGAAGCUUCCGAGACAAACAUUUCACUUAAAAAACUGUUGUCUGUUAAAUAAUUAAUUUCUCAUGAUAGGUAUAGAAUGUAGGGCCUGCCCCCUUAACUUUUUCUUCAAAUCAAAAUCAGGUCAGAAAAAAUGCCUACUUAAUACUUUAAAUAAAAAUAGAUUAUUAGUAAUUUUAAAAUUAAUUAACGGAAGACGGUGCGGAAUAAAACUAUAUUUAUAACUCAAAACAAGUUGGAAUUGCCAUUGAAACUUGAGUUUUCGAGCAAAGAUAUUUUUAAGAAUCUGAAAAAAGCUCUUACAAAACACAUUCUAAAUAUUCAUACAUACAUAUAUGUACAUAUAUACACAUUACGAGUAAAUUUAACUUUAAAUCCAAAAAAAGAAUGUCUCCUGCUACCUCGGUCAUAGCGGACAGUUCUUCGCGGGUUCAAAUGGCGCGCUCUGAUUGGCUCAAAUAGAUUCGCGCCAUACAUUUUUACUUCUACUCAGGUACAUCGGUGUUACACAAAAGUAGUACAUAAUAUGAAUUCGAAUAGAAUAAUAAUUAACCUUAGCAUAGUUCAAUGACGGUUAUAUUUAUUUAUUUUAAUAUACCUAAUCGUUUUAUUUCCUCAGAUAACAAAGAUUGUACAUGAUUUCUUUAUGCUAGUACUAAGCUAGUUACAUCAAUCUUUGAGGAGAGGCUAGUUCCUGUAAUAGGUUCUUGCGAAUCUGCGCUACAGGUAGCCUGGCCUCCCCCUCGGAUAUAAGUUUUUACUUUCCUUAUAUUAAAGAAAAUGGCGUGCAUAUUUCACUAGAGCCAUCAACCAAUCAGGUUACACCGAAAUAUCUGAUGUAUACUUCUGUGGGGUGGGUUACUAAAAUGUAUUGAUAAUGGAACUAGAACUUAAUUGGGGCUGUUUUUCCUAUGUACGAUAUGAAAAAUGUACCUGAUAAAUUGUUAGUGUAUCAAUUAGUUGAAAAGAUGUAUGCGGGCCAACAAAUAUGAAAGUUUCUUAGAUAGAUACAUUAUUUGCAAUUUAAAUUAAAAUAAUUAAGUGUUUAUGAGGCCAUGAGCCUGGAUUUGGUCAGGUUUUUACACGAAGCUACUUCCAUCUUACCUCGGCACCUAUUGCAGGAAUCCUAACUCGUAUUGGAUCAUGGUUAUAAUGCAGUUGCCUGAAUGUGUAGGUUUACUUACUAUGGUUUAUCUCAUCGUAAGAGUUUUGACUCGAAACCGUUGUGGGAUUCCAAAUCAAUACUCUAUGGGUAAGUACAUUCAGAAGUCAGAUACCUUGACCACCUGACCAAAGGCAUGUCACUUCUACAAAUAUUCUCGAUUUCAUUCAUUCAUUUGAUCACCUCUCGAUCUAAGUCUAUAUCCCUUGAGGUGUAGACAGGGCCUGCAGUCCUUAAAAGACUGAUAGACCACGUUCAGCUGUUAGGCUUAGUGAUAGAAUUGAGAUUCAAAUAUUGACAGGUUGCUAGCCCAUCGCCUAAAGGAAGAAUCCCAAGUUUACAAGCCUAUCCCUUAGUCGCCUUUAGAAUCAUCCAUGGAAAGAGAUGUUCCUAUUCCUAUUCUUUUUUAUAUUGGUGUCGAGAACCACACGGUACCGAUAUUCUACCAAUAUUCUCGGUCUUAGUCUUAUACAGGGGUAGAUAGACAUAAUCUCAUUUAAAAUCAGAAAUAAAAUGUAAUUAUACACUCAAUUCAGUCAGUAUUGUUGUACAUAAAUUGUAAUUAUUUUGUUAGUAAUUUAGGGUCGUUCACACCUCGAUGAGAUGCGGUGCGAAGUUGUCACAUAGGGGCGGCUCACAUUAUAACUUAAUCUUUUUGCCUAUCUUUUCCUAUAGUAAAGUUUAAUUUUGAGUUGCUCUUUCAAAAUAUCCUAUCGCGUCUCGUUUUAAUGUGAACAGACCUUUAAUGAUAUAUGAAUCGUUCUAUGUACAGAGAAUGUGAUUAUUUUUAUUAACUGUUGUUCUG